AUGGCGAAAUCUAGGCCCCAGUCAAAACAUUCCCGCGCUGCGAGGCGGGCAGCUUCCCCCAGUCUCGAUGUCGACAAGUCCAUCACAUCUCUUCCGCGGGCCGAAGAAACUACAGUACAGCGGGAUUCGAUCCUAUCGGAACGCGCCAAUGCAGGCGUUUCGAAGAAAGCGUCAAAAGGCAAAGCUAAAACUAGAGCGCAGCGCUUGAGACAACAAAAGGGUGUGGAAAGAGCAGAGGCCGUGAUGGACCAGCUGGAGAAGAAGGUCGUUAAAAGUGAGAGCCGCGCCAAAUCCGUCAAGGCUCGUAGGGCUGAAUGGGAGGAUCUGAACCGUAAAACGAAGUCAAUGUUCGAAGCCCUCAACGAGGCCGACGAUAACAUGGACGAUGCCAUGAUGGACGAUGCUGCGGCUUCUAAGCCAGCGAAACGUUCGAAGCCGGCCCCUGUCACUCAGGCUCCCGUUGUGGAGGAACACGAAGGCAUUGACGUGGACGAUGAUAUCACCUGA